AUGACUCGGGCCAGCUCCUGUCUCACUCUGCUGCUCGCGGUCAUCCCGGCUCUCGGGGCCGGUGCGGCAACAAACGUUACAUGCGCCAAGUGCGACGACGUAGCCCACGGCUUCGCCUCUCUCAACGGCGGCACGACCGGCGGCAAGGGCGGCCGAAUCGUCACGGCGACCUCGCACGCGGAACUGGUGGCGUACGCCAACGCGACGGAGCCGCUGAUCAUCCGCGUCGAGGGCGAGCUCACCUCGGAGCCGAGGGGGUACGAGAUCCCCAUCAGGAGCAACAAGACCAUCAUCGGGGUCGGCGCCGGCGCCAAGAUCCUCGGCGGCGGGUUCGGCAUCACCAACCAGAGCAACAUCAUCCUCAGGAACCUGCAGGUCAGCGACACGUACAUCCCCGAGGACUACAACGGCAAGUCGGAAGAUUGGGAUGGCAUACAGGUCGAUAAAGGGACCAACCUCUGGAUCGACCAUGUCACUUUCGCCCGCAUGGCCGACGGCCUCAUGGACCUCCGCAGAGACACGGACUACGUCACGGUGUCCAACUGCCUCUUCUCGUCGCACAACAAGGCGUUCGGGAUCGGCUGGACGCCCAACGUCAUCUCCAAGAUGACCAUCAACGACAACUUCUUCAACUCGACGAACCAGCGGAACCCGUCGGCGGACAACCUGCUCAUGUGCCACAUGUACAACAACUACUUCCUCAACGUCACGUCGUACGGCAACUACGCGCGCGGCCACACGGCGCUGCUGGUCGAGACGAGCUACUUCGAGCGGGUCAACGACCCAGUCGUCGCGGGCCCGAACGCGACGAUCCGCAGCAACUGGCUCAAGUUCAAGGACUGCACCGGCGAGACGCACCUGGACGUCGACGGCAGCGCGGUGUUCAACGCGACGGACUACUAUUCGUAUUCGCUCAAGGACCCGUACGACUUGCCGACCACGAUUCCCCCGUUUGUAGGGCCUCGGCCGGAUAUUGGCAUCUGA